AUGAACGGCAACGAUAUUUCGAGUUUAUCGUACAAGGAAUUACAAGCCCUAGCCCUUCGAUACCGAGUACCAGGUAACAUAAAGGUAACUGAUUUAUCGUUAAAAGUUUUAACGAGAAACUUUACAUACUUGUUCCUACUACCUUAAUUCUUUUUCCUGAAACGACAAGUAAAUUGAUUUUUGAACGAUCGAUUACGAUUUCUGACCGUAGAAGAAAUUACUGGUUAAAGUGUUGCAAGCCGCGAAAGGCGGAAAUGAAAAUGAAGUUGGCAGGCUAUUGCAAGAUCUUAAGCAGAAUCGUAAGAGGAAAGUGAGAAAAGUCAAAGUCGGAAAACUCGCGUUAACCUCCACACCAUUACAUAGUCCUGAUUACGCUAUGGCCGAUGAUUAUUACUGCCCGCAGCAGCAACCACCUUAUCAGUGGGUGGGGGCAGAAGAAGAGAUCACAAAUAGAGAUGAUGACAACAGAAUCCCUCAUUAUGAAGAGUUUAAACAGUUCUUAAUAAAGAGAAUACAGAGAGAAUUUCAAACAUAUGAUGCAAAUAAUAAUCAGAUACAGGAUUCAACCAUAGUGGACCUAAGAACAGCAACAAUUUCAUCUGAUGUGCAAAAAAGUCCUUUGGAUAUUAGUAACUAUAGUAAGUCUAAUAUAGUUCCUGUUAAUAAUGUAGAUUCAUCUGUAUAUCAACCAAAUGACAAUGUAGAAUAUCAAACAUUAGAAGAUAGCAAUGUGCAAGGACCUAUACUUCUUAAAAAAAUGUUACAAGCACCAGUUGGUGCAAAUUUGGGAGAAAUAGCUAGUCCUGUACUUGGCAGAUUUUUGUCAGUGGAACAAUAUCAGUCUAACAAUUUGUUAGAUAAUUCUGAUACUUUAACUGCUGAAUCAGAUAAUCAAGAUAAUGAGGAAAUUUUGGAAAAUAAUACAGAAUGUUAUGGUCUUCUGAGUGGUAUAAAGGGAGAAUAUUUUUUAAAUGAACCAACUUUUGUUAAAAAUGUUGAAGAAAUUGGUCAACAAAUUUCAAAUGUUUUAACAAAUGAAAAUGUCAAUCAAUAUAAAUAUCCUAACACAAAUAUUGUCAUGCAUCAAGAUUAUGAAAAUUGGACUAUUACUAAUGUUAUGAAUGCCUCAGAUAACAACUGUCCAACAUCAGAUGUCCAAUCAUCAAAAAUAUUUCAGACUAUGUAUUAUGAUAAUAUAGGAUCUGAUACUAUAAACAAACCUAUAAAUAAUGAAAGUUUAACAUGUCAGUAUCGAAUGGCAGACACUGUACAUCAGUACAAUUCCAAUCAAAAUUUAUUAAAUUUGGAUACAUUAGAAGAUAAUCAAUAUUGUGACGCAAACAUUAUUCCUCAGGUGCAAUCUGACUGCAAUAACACAUAUUAUUUACAAAAUUUAAUUAAAUGCAGUACAGAAACUACUGGAGAAUAUUUGCAGUAUAUGCAUUCUUUCUCAAAUGCAAAUACAGAUCAAGAAACAUAUGGAUCUACUGCCCAAACAUUUUCUAACAAUAACUAUAGCUCUAAUCUAUCACAUGAAUACUCUUGUUCACACAAUAAUCAAGGAACCAUUCCAUUAUCUGAAAAUGUGGGGCAACCUAAACAAAAUUGUAACUCCAUAGUGCAAACAGAAUCCAAUGUUUAUAGGGAUAUGUCUAAUAUGUCAGAAAAAUUACAAACAAGUGAAAUACUGGAUCCAUUUUGGCCAAAAAAAAACCCCAAAGUGCCUUCAGAUUCUUUUUUAGAAAAUAUUUUGAAUUUCAUUAAUACUAAACGUAUAGAUUUGUCAAAAUUAGAUCAGACAUCUUGUGUAUAUUGUUACAUAGCCCCUAUUGUUACACAUACACCGGUCUCAUCAAGUGUAACUUGCUCCCAAAAAAAGAAAUUUGUUGCAGAAUAUAGGCAACAUUCCUUUUCUCCGUGUUGGUUACUCUACAAUGAUACUUCGUCCGGAAUGCGAAUGGCUAAUUUACAAACUAAAAUUAGGGAAACUAUAGAUGAAUCCCGGAUACUAUACACACCGAUGUCAAAUAGUAAUUCUGAUAUAAGAGAAUCAGUUGCGGAUGACGCGAAAAGUGAAAUUGUGGAAAGUGAAGAUUCGAUUUCCGAAGUUUGGCCGAAUAAUUACUCAAAUUACGAAAUGACAACCGAAAAGGAUGUAAAUAUAUGUGAAGAUUUAAAGAUUGAAGUUUCAGAUUGUUUAUUUUCAGUGAUAAAUACUGAACCAUUGGAUAGUCAAACAGAUGAUUCUUCUAAAAAUUGA